UAAAUAUAAAAUAUAUAUUUUUAGAUCAUAUGAUCAUUCACAUUUGAAUAUUUGUAAUUUAUUAUUAUUAUUAUUAUUAUUAUUAUAUAAAUUCUUAUUACUGCCUUGUACGAUACUACACUCUAAGUCCACACACUUUGCUCUGAAAUGCUGAGUAUUAAGUAUUUAGAGUAACAAAGGCUUAUCUUAAAUACCUGAAAAAUGCCGUUAAAUAACUUAUUUACUAGAUUUACUCAGUGCUUAAUGUAAUCAGACGGUUCAACAUCUGCUUUUAUUUACAUGAAUGAGUAACUUCUCCGCACGAGCCCUACACCGUAUGGCACGAGCUAUAAACAGCCUUUUACCAGCUCGUGCAGUGUAGCUAAGCUAGCUUUAACAAGCUAACGGCUAAUUUAUUUAUGUGACUAGUGAAGCUUUAAUGAAACCGAAGCAGUAAUACGGUAUUUUACAGUCGUUUGUUCUCCCCUACACUAUAACAAUGAUCAAGUUAAACGGUGUUAGUCUUGAAAACUUCAUGGAGAAGUUUACUCGGCUGGAAGAGAAAAUUACAGAAGUUAAUGGCAAAAACAACAUGUUGGAGCUCAUGCUGGAGGACGCCAAUAGACUCAUGAAAUUCUAUCUGACCAAGGAGAAAAGUCUGAUUGAGGAGAGAAACAGUCUUCUCGUCACUGUGGACAGACUACAGCAGACUCUGCAGGAGCAGUGCAACCUCAGAGAGGAGAAUGAGAGACUGAAGAACGAUAUGGCGGACCUGAAACAACAGAAUGAGAGAACAGUAAAGGAUGGAGAGGCUGAGGUUCAGCGGCUGGUCAGUGAAAUGAGAGCCGCAGGAGAGAGACACAAGAGGGAGCUAGAGACUGUAAGGCAGCAGUGGAGGAGAGAGGUGGAGGAGGCUCACAGGCAGGGGCUCAGUCAGUUGGAAGCUAAAGACACUGAAGUAAAGAAGCAGUUGGAGGAAAAGGAUGUGGAUCUGGAGGAGAUGAAGAAGAGGCUGAAGGAGCAGGAGAGGGAGAGGCAGAGCGAGCUCCUGAAGUUACAGAUGGAGUUUGGUGCUAAGUUAGCCAGAGUUCAGAGUACAGCUCAGAUGAGCCAACAGCAGCAGCAGCAGCAACAACAUGGCUCCCACCUUCUACCGCAGAGUGUCUUCAAGAGGAAGCUGCAGUUCUUCCAGGAGGAGAAGAACAAGGAGAUUGUGGCUCUGCGUCAGAGAAUCAAAGAGCUGGAAGAGAACCAGCGUCCCUGCGGCUUCAAUGACGGCCGUCUGAAGAGAAGAAAGAUCUAGUUUGUUUAGAGGCUAACAAGCCAUUGACCUGUCAGCUCUGCAGGUGCACAAAGUCUUGACCCCCUAGGGGGCAGAAGGGACUGAGGUGUUUUGAAAUUUUCCAGAUUUGUAUUUCACUUUCAUUUCAAAGCAAAAUUCAGUUCCUCAGAGCUUUCGACUUAUUAUAUUAUACUGCUUAUUGUGUCUUACUUGGCUAGAUGUGCACUUUCACUGCCCUGCUUGCAGGUGACCAGUGUGUACAUUUAAACACAGGCUGUAUUCCUGUCUAAGACUUUAAUCCAAUCACAGGCCUGCAUGGGAGCAAAUGUGCGAGGCAGGGACGUAGGGAGGGGGGAGGCGUAGACGCUCUUGAGAGUGAAUCAGAUAGUUGGAAGGCCAGUCCCAUUCAGGGAAUUAAACCUGUUUAUAUCCUUUUAUCCAAAGACCAAAUAAAUCAUUUAAGUCAUC